CCGAACUGCAAAUGUGUGGCAGCACUCGGCAGCCUAGGCUCGGCCCAUCAAAAUAAGCAUCACCACCUACGGCCCAUUCAGCGCCGCCACUCUCUCGUUUUCCCCCAUCCGUCCCUUGAGACGGCGCCUCCUUUGCCGGAGCACUCAGCACAGUAGACCACGGUCACGGACAGCGGCGACCUCCUUCCGAGCGUCGCUUUACCGCCGGCCGUAGAAACCCUGCACCGCCGCCGUUUGGUUUCGAAACAGAAUUGAAUCGGGCUCUGUUGAUGGGCAGCUUGCGCGCUCCGCCUCAGCUCGCCGGCGGCACCAGCCUUGGUCGCGGUUACCGGCCCUGUCUUGCCUCUUCCGGGGUCCCCAAAUCCAAAGUGUUGGGUGUUAGCUGCGCGAUGAAGUCCUAUAGGCUGUCCGAUCUCAGUGAUGCCGAGGUUAGCGGCCUCAAGGCGCGCCCUCGCAUUGACUUCACCUCCAUUUUCAGUACGGUGAAUCCGAUUGUUGAAGAUGUCCGCGUCAGAGGUGAUGCUGCGGUUAAGGAUUACACAGAAAAGUUUGACAAGGUCACUCUCGAUAAUGCCGUUGUGCGUGUUAGCGAUCUCCCAGAUGCAGAGCUUGAUCCAGCUGUUAAGGAAGCCUUUGAUGUGGCGUAUGACAAUAUUUAUGCCUUCCAUGUUUCACAAAAGUCGCCAGAAAAGACAGUUGAGAAUAUGAAAGGAGUGAAGUGUAAAAGGAUAACAAGAUGCAUUGGUUCUGUCGGGCUGUAUGUUCCAGGGGGCACUGCAGUCUUGCCUUCAACUGCAUUGAUGCUUGCUGUGCCUGCACAGAUUGCUGGAUGCAAAACUGUAGUUCUUGCCACACCCCCUAGUUGUGAUGGUAGCAUAUGUAAGGAGGUUCUUUACUGUGCUAAAAAAGCUGGUGUUACACACAUACUAAAAGCUGGGGGAGCUCAGGCAAUCUCCGCUAUGGCAUGGGGAACUGCAUCAUGCCCAAAGGUUGAGAAAAUAUUUGGUCCCGGCAACCAGUAUGUCACAGCUGCUAAAAUGAUUCUUCAGAACAGCGAAGCUAUGGUCUCUAUAGACAUGCCUGCUGGCCCUUCAGAAGUUCUGGUAAUCGCUGACAAAUAUGCCAACCCAGUUCAUGUUGCCGCUGAUCUGCUAUCUCAGGCAGAACACGGCCCAGAUAGUCAGGUUGUUCUAGUUAUUGCGGGAGAUGGUGUUGAUUUAGCUGCCACUGAAGCAGAAGUUAGCAAGCAGUGUGAUGCUCUUCCUAGAGGCGACUUUGCUUCCAAAGCACUUGGCCACAGUUUCACUGUGUUUGCCAGAGAUAUGGCUGAGGCAUUAUCGUUCUCAAAUAUGUAUGCUCCUGAGCAUUUGAUCAUCAAUGUAAAGGAUGCUGAGCAAUGGGAGGAGCUCAUCGAGAAUGCAGGGUCAGUUUUCUUGGGACAAUGGACCCCCGAGAGCGUCGGUGACUACGCUAGUGGGACGAACCACGUCCUCCCAACCUACGGUUACGCGAGGAUGUACAGCGGUGUGUCGCUGAAUUCUUUCCUCAAGUACAUCACUGUUCAAUCCCUGACUGAAGAAGGGCUGAGAAGGCUGGGUCCCUACGUCGCAAAGAUGGCAGAAGUCGAAGGCCUAGAAGCGCACAAGCGAGCUGUUACCCUCAGACUGCAAGAGAUCGAAGCCACUGUAACUGUUUAAACUGUUAACAUGGUCUGUUGUGCCAGUCUAUUUGAUGCUUGGGAACUGAUAUUUUUCUUAAUUCUUAUCGGAUGGGACUUGCCAGAGUUUAAGGUGAAGAAUACGAAGCUGUUUCAUGGAAUAAUGCUACUUAUGUCGAUCCGUUAAAUGAAUAAACUUGUGAGUACA